AUGAAAAAUUUAAACACUGAAAAGCUUUUUAAAGAAAUUUACUAUUUGAUGCAUCCUUUAAACUCUUUAGAGUCAAUUAAAGGUUUAAUGAUUAUUUUUACAAUAUUAAACAAAGCACAAGAAAUAGCCAUAAUUAAUAACAUAAAUUAGGAAUCUCAUUAAGAAUUAAAGUAUGAAAAUAUUUGAAUUGUAGGAUUUUAAGUUAACUAACGUCAUAUAGUUUUGUUAUUAAUGUUGUAACAAAUAAUUAAUUGAUUCUAGUAAUUAUUGCAUUCUUUGCUUUGCAUACCAUCCUUAUUCUAGCUUUCAUUUAUUUUAAGAAUUCAGCCUCUAUAUAAAGGAUUAUGAACACUUUUUUGCACUUUUUUUUAUUGCAUUAUACAUUAAUCUUUUACAUUCCAAUAACAUACUCAUCAUUUUAUUUUAUCACUUAAAAAUCAUUAUGCUCUGAAAGUUCAUUUUGUAAUACAACAACUUACAUAACCUUAAUUAUCAUUUGCAUUUUUAAUUUAACUAUUUCUUUAACAAUUAAUGCUAUACAUAUAUAUUUUGGAAGAGCUGAUUCACUUAUGGGGGAUAAUCAUAUUUUAAUGCUAAACUAUUCUUUUUUCAACAAUUUUAUAGUACAAAUUGGAGUUUUCAUAAGCAUUAUUCUUAAGAGUAUUGAUUUAAUGUAACCGUUAAGAUUAACACUAAUAUUAAUCAAAUAUUUACUUACAAUGUUUUAAACAAUAAAUCUGAUUAAUACAAGAUAUUCAUUUUACAUAGAUUUGAUUUCGAUAAUCUCUUCAAUAUCUAUUUUCAUGAAACUGUCUUUAUUUGAAUAUUUAAUAAUAUUAUCAUUAAUAUUUGGAACCUUUUUUGAAUUAGUAGAUUAUAUAGAAAAUUAUUAUGUUACAAUUAAAGAUUAAGGCAAUUUAAUAACAUUACAAGUAAAUUUAUAUUUAUAAUAAGAAAAUUGAAGAAGCAAAUAGAUUAGAAACCAAAGUAAAAUCUAGGAUUAUACUUUAAAUAAUAUAGAAAAUACACAAUUGCAAAAAGUGUCAAUAUCAUUCUUAAUUCGUUGAAUGCAUUUUUAGAGGAAUGGCAAAUAAAAAAAUAGUGUAAAAUAAUCAUAUAGUUUCUUUAUUUUGUGAUUAUAUCAGUAACCAUUCUCCUUUAAAAGCAUUAAUAAGACUCUUAUUAUUAAGACCUACUGAUUUAUAUUAUAGAUGCUGGCAACAUAAUUUGGCAGAAGAACUUAAUAAAAUAAGCAAAUAAUUUUAAAAAGAAGCUUAAAAUAAGACUUCUAUAAAGAAUACAAAUGAACAUUAAAAUUCUUUAGAUGUUUAAACUGUUUAUAAUACGUCUCAUUCUGCUUAAUUGUUAUUUCCACAUCUUAUUGAAACAAUAUAGGCAAAAAUUAAUUUUUGGAAUAAAUUGAUUAAUGGAUAUUAAGAUAUUGAUUAAUUUUUAUAGGAAGCAUUAAAAACUGCCAAAAGAAUGUAAAGAUGUAGAGAGGAGAUUGAAAAUAGAUUUGAUUUAAUUUAAAAUAAAUUAAAAAAUUAAUAAGGAACUGAUAUUAUAAGUUUAAGGAUAAUUCAAAUAUAUUAUUGUGCAAUAUAUACUAAUUAAUUUUAAUCUAUUUAAAUAGAGAAAAAUAUAGAUGACCUUUUAAAGAGUGAAAGAUUUAAGCAAGAUGAAUCAUUAGACAAUAUUUAAUUAGUUUAAGGUAAAUUUUAAUAUAAUAAAUAAAUAGAUAGACUUGUAAUUUUGAAAUCAAGUUUUGUUUCUAAAAGAGGUGAAUUGAUAGAUGUCAAUUACAAGUAAAUGUCAAAAUUUUUAAAUGAAACUGAGGAAACUUGUAAGGCAAUUAAACAUUGUUCCUAACUUAUGCCAAGUUAUUUAUCAUAAAUUCAUGAAUAAUUAAUGGAAAAUUAUAUAUAAAAUGGAUUUUCAAAAUUAAUGAUUCAUGGAGAAUCAUCAUUUUACUAAAGUCCUUCUGGUUAUAUAGAACCUUGUAGUAUUAAUUUAUUCAAUUUCUAUAAUGGUACAGACGAUUUCAUCUUAAACAUGAUUGUAACUAAAGAAUAAUGUCAAAAUGAAACUAUCCUAUUUGGUAUAGAUGGAAAAAUAUUAGGAAUAACCUCAAAGUUUUAUAAUGAAGCUAUAAAAAAUAACACUUAAUAUUAUAAUAAUAUUAUUGGCAAGACUAACGAUAGUUCAGCUAAUACAAUUAGUGUAAAGGAUUUUUUAUUAAAAUAACCUUUAAUUUAAUUUUAUAUUCCUAAUAUUUAAAAUUAAAUAGAAGAAUUAAGAAAUUAAAUAUGUUCAUCUUUGAACUAUCUGAUAAAUAAUUAGAAAUCUACUUGGAUGAUUCCUAUAAAUCAUCAAGAAUGUUUACAACAAAUUUAGCUAUUAUUAUCUCAAUUUAGAAAAAGAAGUUAAGGUACAUAAUAGAAAAAUAAUUACAAUUUCAUGUCUUAUAAAUCUCAAACAUAUUCAAAGUAUUCUAAUAAUUCGAACAAUACUUAAAAUGAUUUUUACGAUAAAAGUGAAAUAGAAAAUACAAUUUUUAAUUAAAUUAAUGUUGAAAAUAUUCCUAUUAUUCUUUUACAUCCAGAAUUAUCAAAAUCUCUUAAGGAAUUAAUUGUUUUUGAAGACAUUUCUAAAUAAUCAGUGUAAUUAGGGAUAUUUUAUAGUUUAUAGUUCAAGAUUUUAAAAUUUAAGGGAGGAAGUAUUGGAUAUUUUAUGCUUACUAUUAAAGAAUAUAAAUUUUAUUAUUCCUAAUAAACAAUCGGGUAAUUUUCAAGUAAUGUUUAUACUCCUUAAACAAUUAGAUCAUAUAAUUAAGAAUCUAAUGAAAUUGAAACUAUAUAAAAUUCUAUGAAAAUUGAAUUGACAUCAGAAAAUAUGAAUCAGUAAGAAGAAAUAAUUUAAGAAAUAAGACUCAUGAAUAAUAUUAUGCAUAAUAACAAAGAUAAUUCUUUAGUUGAUUAAAGUGGUAAUAAUUUGAGUUUUGAUUAAACAAACUUAAAAUUUUAGAUGUAACUAAAACAUUCAGAAAGAUCUAAUUUAUAUGAUACAGGUAGAAUUCUUAAAUAAUCGUAACCUCUAUUUGCUAAACCUUAAUAAUAAGAAAUUAGAAUUGAAGACAUUUCUUAAAUCGAAUAAGAUAUGCAAGUAUAUAAUUAAUUAAUAUUAGAAUAUCCAAUAAAUGCAAUAAGAUUUUGAUGAAAAUGAUUAAGAAAUAGGCAAUUUGAAAUAAGAAUCAUUUAGUUAAAGUGUAAAAAAACGAUCAAAUAUUUUUGAUAAAAUUAAAUUAAGAUAAUAAAAUAAAGAGAAUGCUUUAGAUUUUGCAUCAAAUCCAUCUAGAACAUCUACAAAUUCAACAUCUAAAGAGUCAAUAUUAAUAGUUUAGUAAUUAUAUUUUAAUAAAAAUUUAAUCACUCCUUUAAAGAAGAUUUCAGUGAUUUUAGGACUAAUUUUGAUUGGAAUGGUAAUUUGUGAAAUUUUAAACGUCUUUUUAAUAAAAGAUAAUUUAGAGAAUUAAACUUAAUAAGUAAUCAAUUUAGUGAAACCUUAAAAUAUAAUUUAUUAUUAUACAUCUGUAUUCUAUUAAUAUUGGGGAACAGAGUUACAUACCUUAGAUAUACUUAAAUUGUCUUAGUUUCAAUAUAAUAGGAAUCUUGAAACAUUAGAUGAUAUGCUUAAUUAUGGUAGAUCUAAUAUUCAAUCUUUUGGUAUAGAUGUACCAUAAACUGCUGCUAGAUUAGGAUUAUCAAAUUUUGAAUUUAAGUAGGUAAAAUCUGGUUAAAUUGACAAAGAAACAUAUUAAUUAUAAAAUUUUUAUUCAUUAUUGUAUGAAACAAUGUAUGAUAUGUACAUUGUUAAUAAAAAUAAUGAUAAACCAUCUUAUGAUUAAUUGUUUACUUAAGGAAUUAUAAGACAAAACUUUUUGGAAUUAAUCGAUCUACAUAAUAAAUUAAUUAUUAAAAUAUCUGAAGACACAAUUUAUCAAUAAAGUUAAGUAAAAUCUUAAUUUUUGGUUGUGAUGCUUAUGGAAUUAUUUUCAAUUUUAUUUUUUGUUGGAUUUUAACUAAGAUUUUGGUUAUUUCUUGAUCACAUUACUAAAUCUAUUUUAUUUUUAGUGUCUAGAUUAAAUGAAAAUCAAUCGUUAGAUCAAAUAACUAAAUUAUCAUCAAUUAAAGAUCAUUUAGAAGAUCAAGCUUAAAAUUUAUGGAAACUCUUUAAUUUUGGGGAUAUUAUCUUUGAUAUUUCUGAUAAAAAAGCAUAGAAAGUUAUUCUUAAACAAUAAGAUUAAUAAACAAGUAAUUAUAAAUCAACAAGUGCAUUGUAUUCAAGAAUAUAAAGAACCUAUUAUUUGAAUAGAAUGAAUGUAUUUAUUACAUUUUUAAUAACUUUAUUAUGGACUGCGUUUUUAUUAUCAGGUUAUUUGAUUCAUAUGUAAAAAAAUGAAAACUUUUAACCAUCUCUAACAGCUACAUUAAAAUAUGGAUAAUUUAGAUUAAAUAUGGAUUCUGUUGGAUUCAUUGGUGGAAUUGUAAAAUCAGAAUAAUUAAUCCCUAAUAAUAACUUAAACUAUAUUAAUUAAACUUUUGCAAUUUAGUUAUUAAUUUAAUAUAAGGAUAGUUUGUCUCCAUUAAUUAAUGAAGUUGCUCAGGUCAUUUUAGAAAAUGCUAAUGCAAACAAUAAAAAAAGUAGAUUCGACAAUAUUUUGAAUUUCGAUAUUUGUUAGUUUACUUCUUGGAAUGUUAUGAAAGCAUGUGAUCUGUCUCGAUAAAACCUUCCUUAUUCCAAGUAUAUUAAAUAUAUUAUUUAUAGUAUAGAUGCAAUAAAUGAUAUAGUUUAAAAUGGAGUUUUAGGAUACACUGCUGCCCUUGUAAAAUAUUUGAAUCAAGAUUACGAUUAUGAAAUCAAUAAUCUUAAAUAUGAUACAAAUGAAAAUAAUCAAUUUGCUAUCCAAUAAAAACCCUUUUAAAAUUUCUUUUUGUCAUAUUAUUGUGAUAUUCAAAACACCAUGUUAGAAUUUUUGAAUCUAUUUUAAUUAGAUAAUUCUGAAAUUGCUGAAGAUAUUAAUAAUAUUGUUCGAAUAUUUUAUUUAGGAGUUGGUAUUUGGUAAUAAUAUCAAAAUAUAUAGUUUAUUCUUUUUUAACUUAAUCUUGAGUAUACUCUGGGUUUACAAAUAUUAAAUAAAAAUAUAAUGUCUUAGAUAAAUUUUAGUAAUGAUUCCUUCUGAUUUAAUCUUGACUGCUAAUAUAAGAAGCUAGGCCAAAGAAAUUCAUAAUUGGCUUUAUUGA